AUGGCAGGUAACGGAGGCCUAAUAGCAAGUUUGAAAAGUUAUCCACCAGCAGUAUAUUUUAUGCUCGGAAAUGAAUUUUGUGAGCGAUUCAGUUUUUAUGGAAUGCGAGCUAUUCUAACGCUAUUUCUCAUCACUGAACACCAUUUUGAAGAAAGUCAAGCAUCAUUAUUCUAUCAUGCAUUUGUUUCGUUGGCAUUUGCGUCACCGCUGCUCGGGUCGAUUGCCGCAGACAAUUAUUUUGGUCGUUUUCGUGUGAUAUUUUGGGUAUCAUUAAUAUAUGUUUUGGGUCACGUAUCAUUAUCAAUCGGUGCAAUACCACAGCUCAGCUAUGGCUUACGAACAUUCCUUGACUUUGCCGGCUUAUUUAUUAUUGCUCUCGCAACGGGUGGCAUCAAACCCUGUGUUUCUGCAUUUGCUGCUGAUCAGUUUGAUGCUAAUCAAAAAGCACAGAGAACUCAGUUUUUUUCAUUUUUUUAUUUCGCUAUCAAUGCUGGAUCUUUGGUAGCCAUCAUUUUGACACCAAUGUUACGUGGGCGAGUGAAAUGUUUCGGGUCUGAGUAUUGCUUUCCACUCGCAUUCGGUCACGAUAAAGUUGAACAUUGGCUAGAUUAUGCAGCACCAAAAUAUAGUGCCCAAAUGUUGGCUGGCGUUAAAAGCGUUGUUGCUAUUUUGGUACUAUACGGACCUCUGAUUUUCUUUUGGGCUCUUUUCGAUCAGCAGGGCAGUACAUGGGUGCUGCAAGCACGUCGUAUGGAUGGCCGUGUCGGUCCGUUUACAAUUUUACCAGAUCAGAUGAAUACGUUCAAUCCCCUCAUUAUUCUCAUAAUGGUACCUGCCUUUGAGGCUUAUAUUUAUCCAUUCGCUCGUACAAUUUUCAACGUUACACCGUUGAGAAAAAUGGCCGCUGGUGGUGUCCUGGCAGCGAUAGCGUUCAUUAUGGCUGGUUUACUGCAGUUGGAGGUGAAUAAAACAAUGGAACCAAAACCAAGAUCUGGCGAAGUGUUUUUACAAAGAUUUGGUAAUUCAACGAAUACUUAUAAAAUCAAUGGAACUGUAUUAGAUUAUGGGAAAACAACACUUUCGAAUGGUGAAUAUAUUGUAAAUAGUGACAAUGGCUAUGAGAUGAUUAUUAAUUUGAAUAAUUCAUCAAGUGGUUAUGUUCUUGGAAUAUUUGAUACACCAAACAAAGAUGUAACGAUGUCAAUAUUUCCGUACAGUUGUGAAAAAUCAGAAAACGGAAGAACGAGAGUGUAUUUAUUGGUACCUGAAGGGUCAGACCUAGAUGCUGGUCAACUGUAUGUUAUCGAUCAUCAAGGGCGAGUUCUUACAGAAGCAAUCAUGCGUUCAGGCAAUUUCAUCGACAUUCAACCAGCGUUAAUCAGUUCACCAGAAUAUAAGUUAGUAUUUGGCAAGUCGAACUGUACACAAAGCACAUGUCCAUAUAGCAGAAAACUAUAUGCUCAAAUGGGUGCGGCACAUGUACUACAUAUAACCGAAGGCGACGCAGAUUUAUAUACAGUAGUACGUCCGAAUUCGGUAAAUAUGCUUUGGCAACUACCGCAAUUCUUUGUGAUUACGCUUGGUGAGGUGUUGUUCUCGGUCACUGGACUGGAAUUCUCAUAUUCACAAGCAGCGCCAAAUAUGAAAUCAGUUUUACAAGCAAUAUGGUUAAUGACCGUCUUUAUGGGUAAUAUAAUUGAUAUGCUUAUUUCUGGAACUCAUAUUGUUAGUGAACCGGCGACUGAGUUUUUCGUUUAUGCACUUUUAAUGAUAUUUGUCAUUGGAGUAUUCAUCUCAUUUGCAAUGCGAUAUAAAUAUGUUGAAACUGACAAUGAUAUGAAUAAUGUGAAUGAGAAUGUCUCAAAGAAUAGUCAUAAUCAAAAAGAAUCGCCUAUUUAA